GCUGAUUCUCAAGCGGAGAUGCCUUCUCACAACUCUGAGCCUCAGCGUUAAUCUGACACGUACCCGGAAAUCUAUUUGCAACAAAUAACUCCUUCUUUGAAGGCCAGUGGACAGACAGAGAGAAGUUUGGACAUGAGAGAUCUCCGCUGGUAGAAAAGCGUCCUGAGUGUUUCCCCUCCCCGGCAUCAUGAAGCCACUGCUGCGCUUCAGCGUCUCCCUGCUGGUCCUCGGCGCUCUGCUCAAGAUCUGCCGAGCACAAUGCAGCGUCAGUGAAUGCUCCAACCCUAAUCCAGGAAACUUAAGUGUUACAACAAGGACAGUCACACUUGUACCAGGAUCAGACUGCUCCCUAUCCACUGGCAACAUCACUUCAAAAGAUUCGAUAAAUAAUCUGACUCCUGGAGCAGUCUAUCCGAUCUUCUUUGCUUGUUUUAACUGCUGUAAAGCAGUCACCACGAAGCCUGAAGCUGUUGGGAGUCUUGCCGUUGCUAAUGUCACAACAUCCUCUGUGUUUCUGAACUGGGCUGAACCAAAUGGAACUAGGUCCUUCUAUAAAGUGCAAGUGACCAAUGAAAGCCUCAUUGCACCUGCACGUGACACAUCCAUAAACAUCACUGGCCUGACUGCUGGUGUCCGGUAUCAAAUAAGUGUCACUGCAGUGGCAGAUGAUAAUCAAACAGAAGGAGAAAAAUCCACCGUUUCAACGUACACAAAGCCUGAAGCUGUCAGGAAUCUCACUGUAACCGAGAUCACAACAUCCUCUAUAUCUCUAAACUGGACUGAACCAGGAGGAAACAGAUCCUUCUAUAGAGUACAGUGGACUAAUGGAACAGCUAACUGGGAUAAAAAUGUCACUGACACUAAUAUUACUGUGACUGGGCUGACUGCUGGAGUGCAGUACAGGUUUACUGUCAUAGCAGUGGCUGGAGAGAACACAACACAAAGUGAUAUGGCUCAGACUUCUCACUAUACAAGACCUAAUACAAUUGAGGUACCCACUGUAUCCACAACCACCUCCUCCAUCUCUCUGACCUGGAGAAAACCUCCUGGUGAGGUGUUCAAGUACAAGGUGGAGUGGAAUAAUGGAGGAUCACAGAUGGUCAAAUACACAAAUGAUACCUCUGCUGAUUUAUCCUCCCUGAUCCCGGGUACUAUCUACACAAUCACAGUCACUGCUGUUGCUGGAGACAAUCAGACAAAAGGAGACGGUCGAACGUUAACUUCAGUCACAAAGCCUGAAGCUGUCAGGAAUCUCACUGUAACCGAGAUCACAACAUCCUCGAUAUCUCUAAACUGGACGGAACCAGGAGGAAAUAGAUCCUUCUAUAGAGUACAGUGGACUAAUGGAACAGCUAACUGGGAUAAAAAUGUCACUGACACUAAUAUUACUGUGACUGGGCUGACUGCUGGAGUGCAGUACAGGUUUACUGUCAUAGCAGUGGCUGGAGAGAACACAACACAAAGUGACAUGGCUCAGACUUCUCACUAUACAAGACCUAAUACAAUUGAGGUACCCACUGUAUCCACAACCACCUCCUCCAUCUCUCUGACCUGGAGAAAACCUCCUGGUGAGGUGUUCAAGUACAAGGUGGAGUGGAAUAAUGGAGGAUCACAGAUGGUCAAAUACACAAAUGAUACCUCUGCUGAUUUAUCCUCCCUGAUCCCGGGUACUAUCUACACAAUCACAGUCACUGCUGUUGCUGGAGACAAUCAGACAAAAGGAGACGGUCGAACGUUAACUUCAGUCACAAAGCCUCAAGCUGUCAGGAAUCUGAGUAUCACUGAUAUCACCACAUCCUCUAUAUCUCUGAUGUGGACUGAACCAGAGGGAAAUAGAUCCUUCUACAGAGUAAAGUGGACUGAUGGAAAAGUCAGUGGCGCUAAAAAUGUGACUCAAACACAGAUAAACAUUACUAACCUGACUGCUGGUGUCCAGUAUAACAUAACUGUUACUGCUGUGGCAGAUGAUGAGCGUACUGAAGGACAGAGUGAAGCUGUUACUCGAUACACAAGACCUGAAGUAGUCACAAACCUCACAGUUGCCAAAUUCACCACAUCCUCUAUAUCUCUGAUGUGGACUGAACCAGGAGGAAACAGAUCCUUCUAUAGAGUACAGUGGACUAAUGGAACAGCUAACUGGGAUAAAGAUGUCACUGACACUAAUAUUACUGUGACUGGGCUGACUGCUGGAGUGCAGUUCAGGUUUACUGUCAUAGCAGUGGCUGGAGAGAACACAACACAAAGUGAAAUGGCUCAGAUUUCUCACUAUACAAAGCCUGAAGCUGUCAGGAAUCUCACUGUAACCGAGAUCACAACAUCCUCGAUAUCUCUAAACUGGACUGAACCAGGAGGAAAUAGAUCCUUCUAUAGAGUACAGUGGACUAAUGAAACAGCUAACUGGGAUAGAAAUGUCACUGACACUAAUAUUACUGUGACUGGGCUGACUGCUGGAGUGCAGUACAGGUUUACUGUCAUAGCAGUGGCUGGAGAGAACACAACACAAAGUGACAUGGCUCAGACUUCUCACUAUACAAGACCUAAUACAAUUGAGGUACCCACUCUAUCCACAACCACCUCCUCCAUCUCUCUGACCUGGAGAAAACCUCCUGGUGAGGUGUUCAAGUACAAGGUGGAGUGGAAUAAUGGAGGAUCACAGAUGGUCAAAUACACAAAUGAUACCUCUGCUGAUUUAUCCUCCCUGAUCCCGGGUACUAUCUACACAAUCACAGUCACUGCUGUUGCUGGAGACAAUCAGACAAAAGGAGACGGUCGAACAUUAACUUCAGUCACAAAACCUCAAGCUGUCAGGAAUCUGAGUAUCACUGAUAUCACCACAUCCUCUAUAUCUCUGAUGUGGACUGAACCAGAGGGAAAUAGAUCCUUCUACAGAGUAAAGUGGACUGAUGGAAAAGUCAGUGGCGCUAAAAAUGUGACUCAAACACAGAUAAACAUUACUAACCUGACUGCUGGUGUCCAGUAUAACAUAACUGUUACUGCUGUGGCAGAUGAUGAGCGUACUGAAGGACAGAGUGAAGCUGUUACUCAAUACACAAGACCUGAAGUAGUCACAAACCUCACAGUUGCCAAAUUCACCACAUCCUCUAUAUCUCUGAUGUGGACUGAACCAGAGGGAAACAGAUCCUUCUAUAGAGUACAGUGGACUAUUGGAACAGCUAACUGGGAUAAAAAUGUCACUGACACUAAUAUUACUGUGACUGGGCUGACUGCUGGAGUGCAGUACAGGUUUACUGUCAUAGCAGUGGCUGGAGAGAACACAAUACAAAGUGAAAUGGCUCAGACUUCUCACUAUACAAAGCCUGAAGCUGUCAGGAUUCUCACUGUAACCGAGAUCACAACAUCCUCGAUAUCUCUAAACUGGACUGAACCAGGAGGAAAUAGAUCCUUCUAUAGAGUACAGUGGACUAAUGAAACAGCUAACUGGGAUAAAAAUGUCACUGACACUAAUAUUACUGUGACUGGGCUGACUGCUGGAGUGCAGUACAGGUUUACUGUCAUAGCAGUGGCUGGAGAGAACACAACACAAAGUGACAUGGCUCAGACUUCUCACUAUACAAGACCUAAUACAAUUGAGGUACCCACUGUAUCCACAACCACCUCCUCCAUCUCUCUGACCUGGAGAAAACCUCCUGGUGAGGUGUUCAAGUACAAGGUGGAGUGGAAUAAUGGAGGAUCACAGAUGGUCAAAUACACAAAUGAUACCUCUGCUGAUUUAUCCUCCCUGAUCCCGGGUACUAUCUACACAAUCACAGUCACUGCUGUUGCUGGAGACAAUCAGACAAAAGGAGAUGGUCGAACAUUAACUUCAGUCACAAAGCCUGAAGCUGUCAGGAAUCUGAGUAUCACUGAUAUCACCACAUCCUCUAUAUCUCUGAUGUGGACUGAACCAGAGGGAAAUAGAUCCUUCUACAGAGUAAAGUGGACUGAUGGAAAAGUCAGUGGCGCUAAAAAUGUGACUCAAACACAGAUAAACAUUACUAACCUGACUGCUGGUGUCCAGUAUAACAUAACUGUUACUGCAGUGGCAGAUGAUGAGUGUACUGAAGGACAGAGUGAAGCUGUUACUCGAUACUCAAGACCUGAAGUAGUCACAAACCUCACAGUUGCCAAAUUCACCACAUCCUCUAUAUCUCUGAUGUGGAUUAAACCAGAGGGAAAUAGCUCCUUCUAUAGAGUGAGCUGGACUGAUGGAAAAGUCAGUGGCGCCAAAAAUGUGACUCCAACACAGACAACCAUUACUAACCUGACUGCUGGUGUCCAGUAUAACAUAACUGUUACUGCAGUGGCAGAUGAUGAGCGUACUGAAGGACAGAGUGAAGCUGUUACUCAAUACACAAGACCUGAAGUAGUCACAAACCUCACAGUUGCCAAAUUCACCACAUCCUCUAUAUCUCUGAUGUGGAUUAAACCAGAGGGAAAUAGCUCCUUCUAUAGAGUGAGCUGGACUGAUGGAAAAGUCAGUGGCACCAAAAAUGUGACUCCAACACAGACAACCAUUACUAACCUGACUGCUGGUGUCCAGUAUAACAUAACUGUUACUGCAGUGGCAGAUGAUGAGCGUACUGAAGGACAGAGUGAAGCUGUUACUCAAUACACAAGACCAGAAGUAGUCACAAACCUCACAGUUGCCAAAUUCACCACAUCCUCUAUAUCUCUGAUGUGGAUUAAACCAGAGGGAAAUAGCUCCUUCUAUAGAGUGAGCUGGACUGAUGGAAAAGUCAGUGGCACCAAAAAUGUGACUCCAACACAGACAACCAUUACUAACCUGACUGCUGGUGUCCAGUAUAACAUAACUGUUACUGCAGUGGCAGAUGAUGAGCGUACUGAAGGACAGAGUGAAGCUGUUACUCAUUACACAAGACCUGAAGUAGUCACAAACCUCACAGUUGCCAAAUUCACCACAUCCUCUAUAUCUCUGAUGUGGAUUAAACCAGAGGGAAAUAGCUCCUUCUAUAGAGUGAGCUGGACUGAUGGAAAAGUCAGUGGCACCAAAAAUGUGACUCCAACACAGACAACCAUUACUAACCUGACUGCUGGUGUCCAGUAUAACAUAACUGUUAAUGCAGUGGCAGAUGAUGAGCGUACUGAAGGACAGAGUGAAGCUGUUACUCAUUACACAAGACCUGAAGUAGUCACAAACCUCACAGUUGCCAAAUUCACCACAUCCUCUAUAUCUCUGAUGUGGAUUAAACCAGAGGGAAAUAGCUCCUUCUAUAGAGUGAGCUGGACUGAUGGAAAAGUCAGUGGCACCAAAAAUGUGACUCCAACACAGACAACCAUUACUAACCUGACUGCUGGUGUCCAGUAUAACAUAACUGUUACUGCAGUGGCAGAUGAUGAGCGUACUGAAGGACAGAGUGAAGCUGUUACUCAAUACACAAGACCUGAAGUAGUCACAAACCUCACAGUUGCCAAAUUCACCACAUCCUCUAUAUCUCUGAUGUGGAUUAAACCAGAGGGAAAUAGUUCCUUCUAUAGAGUGAGCUGGACUGAUGGAAAAGUCAGUGGCACCAAAAAUGUGACUCCAACACAGACAACCAUUACUAACCUGACUGCUGGUGUCCAGUAUAACAUAACUGUUACUGCAGUGGCAGAUGAUGAGCGUACUGAAGGACAGAGUGAAGCUGUUACUCAAUACACAAGACCUGAAGUAGUCACAAACCUCACAGUUGCCAAAUUCACCACAUCCUCUAUAUCUCUGAUGUGGAUUAAACCAGAGGGAAAUAGCUCCUUCUAUAGAGUGAGCUGGACUGAUGGAAAAGUCAGUGGCACCAAAAAUGUGACUCCAACACAGACAACCAUUACUAACCUGACUGCUGGUGUCCAGUAUAACAUAACUGUUACUGCAGUGGCAGAUGAUGAGCGUACUGAAGGACAGAGUGAAGCUGUUACUCAAUACACAAGACCUGAAGUAGUCACAAACCUCACAGUUGCCAAAUUCACCACAUCCUCUAUAUCUCUGAUGUGGAUUAAACCAGAGGGAAAUAGCUCCUUCUAUAGAGUGAGCUGGACUGAUGGAAAAGUCAGUGGCACCAAAAAUGUGACUCCAACACAGACAACCAUUACUAACCUGACUGCUGGUGUCCAGUAUAACAUAACUGUUAAUGCAGUGGCAGAUGAUGAGCGUACUGAAGGACAGAGUGAAGCUGUUACUCAUUACACAAGACCUGAAGUAGUCACAAACCUCACAGUUGCCAAAUUCACCACAUCCUCUAUAUCUCUGAUGUGGAUUAAACCAGAGGGAAAUAGCUCCUUCUAUAGAGUGAGCUGGACUGAUGGAAAAGUCAGUGGCACCAAAAAUGUGACUCCAACACAGACAACCAUUACUAACCUGACUGCUGGUGUCCAGUAUAACAUAACUGUUACUGCAGUGGCAGAUGAUGAGCGUACUGAAGGACAGAGUGAAGCUGUUACUCAUUACACAAGACCUGAAGUAGUCACAAACCUCAACGUCACUGAAAUCACAACAUCCUCUAUAUCUCUGAUGUGGAUUAAACCAGAGGGAAAUAGCUCCUUCUAUAGAGUGAGCUGGACUGAUGGAAAAGUCAGUGGCGCCAAAAAUGUGACUCCAACACAGACAACCAUUACUAACCUGACUGCUGGUGUCCAGUAUAACAUAACUGUUACUGCAGUGGCAGAUGAUAAGCGUACUGAAGGACAGAGUAACUUCAUAACUCGGUACACAAGACCUAAUAGAAUUGAGGUACUCACUGUAUCCAGAACCACCACCUCCAUCUCUCUGAGCUGGAGAAAACCUCCUGGUGAUGUGUUCAAGUACAAGGUGGAGUGGAAUAAUGGAGGAUCACAGAUGGUCAAUUUCAUACAAAAUAACUCUACAUUGCUAUCGGACCUGAUACCUGGUACCAGAUACACAAUCACGAUCACUGCUGUUGCUGGAGACAAUACAACAGGAGAACCUCAAAUAUUCACUGAAGUGACAAAACCUGCUCUGGUCGGGAAUUUCAGCAUCACUGACGUCACAACAUCAUCUGUGUCUCUGCACUGGGAUGUACCAGUGGGCAAUGCAACCUCGUACAGAGUCCGGUGGACCUUAGGAGAAGACACCUCCAACAGCAGCACCAGUGACACCUCCUUUAUCAUCAAUAAUUUGAUACCUGGAUCUUGGUACAACAUUACAGUGUCUGCUGUUGCUAUCGAUCCCACGAAUGAAGGAGAAACCAUCUCAAAAACCACCUUCACAGUGCCUGUGAUGCCUGAAGACAUUAGCAUCACAGCACGUGGAACGAACACCCUGACCUUCAGGUGGACUUUGCCUAAAGGGGGAUUUGAACGCUACGUGGUGAACAUCUCAAACCGAGACCUGAACUUCGUAAACAGCAGUACAACCACCAACAACACAACCAACUUUGCAGGAUUGCUUCCUGGGAGAUUGUUUUUUGUCACAGUGACCGCUGUGGCUGGAAACUUCCGUAACACGUCUGCACAGUUUCCAGCUGCCACUGUUCCCACACCCCCUCGUUUCUUCACCAUCAGUCACCCGACAAACUCUUCGCUCCGCCUGCAGUGGCAGACUCCUUAUAUGAUGGACGGUGCUCCAGACAUCAUCUACAACAUCACCUACCAGCCGACAUCCGGCAGUGCACAAAAUACAAACUCCACAUCCAAUAACACAGAGCUUACCAUGCUUUCCUCUGGAACAUCUUACAAUGUAACUGUAUCGACCAUCGGACCCCAAAAUCAAAUGAGCUCAAUUGUUCAUAACUCUUCUUACACUUUGCCCAACCCUGUGUUGAACCUUGUAGCCAGCCCUGAGUCCAUUAACUCAAUAAAAGUGCAGUGGUCUGACCCGCAGGGAGUCCAGCAGUAUUACACAUACAUGGUUGUAGCCUACAAUGCUACGGAACAGUAUAAAACCACCUUUAACAACUAUACUGUGGGAAACCUUGAGCCAGGAACUCGAUAUGAUAUCAAUGUGACGACGAUAGCAGCACCAGGAAUUAAAUCCACGGUGGAGCAGACAUUCAGUUACACAAUGCCCAAAGCGGUGACCAACCUCAAAGUGGUGGACGUGAACACAACGGCCAUCCAGCUGAAGUGGUCCAGACAAAAUGAUCACAAGCCCUCCUACUCCUACAGGGUGGAAGCGCUCCACAACAACAUAGUGGUCCAGAAUGCUUCAACUGAGACUGAGACUUACACCUUCUCCAACCUGACCCCUGGAGAAUAUUAUACUUUUAAAGUGAUUACGGUUGUGGAAAGGGUCGAGUCCACGGUGGCAACCGCACAGAGUUUCACACAACCAGCAGCGGUUUCUGACAUCACAGCCUCAGGAACCACAACCACCCUGAGAGUGAGCUGGACACGGGCAGUCGGGCAUGUGGACUUCUACACUGUCAACCUGUACAGAGACAGCCAGUUGGUGCAAAACCGCAGUAAUCUGUCAAAUAAUGUUCUCAACACGCCGUUUGAAAACCUGGCACCAGGAGUGAUUUACCUUGCGGAGGUGGUCACCCACAGUGGAAACUUUGAGAACAAGAACACAGUGUACAAUGCAACCUUUCCCAACCCUCCUGGCACCAUCACGGUGAAGUCUCAGACUGUGAGCUCCAUCACCUUUACCUGGCCUCUUCCUCUGGACAUGAACCAUCGUCAGUACAACUUCAGCGUGUCCCACGUUCAAGGCUCCUAUCUGACUGAGAACAACUCCUUCCUGCUCAACAAUCUCCAGUCUGGAAGUCCCUACAAUCUCACUGUUGUCACUGUUGGUGUGAUUGGGUAUGAGAGCACCGCAGUGAUGACGAAGAAUUAUACCAGACCGUAUCCUGUAACCAGGCUGACACAGUCAGGAAUCACCACAGAUGCAGUGACCUUGGUGUGGAUGCAGCCGCAGAGCAAACCUGACUACACAUAUAUUGUGCAGUUCUACAACGGCACAUUUGUUAGAUCUUUAACUGUCCCCAACACCACAACCACAGUCUCUCAACUUCUUUCUGGGAGCAACUACAGCUUCACUGUCAUCACACUGGCAGCAGAUGGCACUCCGUCAGAUCCCAGGACAGUUUCCUACUUCACACGGCCCUUCAGUGUUACAGGGCUGACAGCUGUAACCUUAAACACAACGGCUGUACGUCUGUCUUGGAAUAAACCACCGCAGUACAAGCCGGACUACACUUACCAGGUUAAUACCACAGGCUGUGGCUCCAAGAAUGAAAACCAGUCUAGAGAAGGCGCAGAUAUCUCGGCGCUCACCCCGGGGACGAACUGCACCUUCUGUGUUUUUGUGCGGGCAGCCGACGGCACCGAAGGGGAAGCGAGCUGCAUCUCUCAGUACACCAAACCUGAGACGGUGCAACCCAGCGUCUCCAGCCAGGGCGCCAACAGUUCGAUACAGGUGUCAUGGACCAAACCGCCUGGCAGAGUGGAGCUUUAUAAGGUCCGUCUAAACAGCACGUUUUCCAAGGAGCAAGACCUGAGCUCUUCCAACACCUCCUUCCUGUUUGAGAACCUGCCUGCUGGACAGCUUUACAGUGUCACAGUGUUCACAGUUAGUGGACCCUUCAGUGAAUCAUCUGGAUUUGUCACUAAUGCAACAUUCCCCAAUCCUCCCGGGCCGAUCACGGUCCUGAUGAAGACGACCAGCUCCAUUGAAUUUGGGUGGCAGGAAGCUCCUCUGAUGACGGGUGCACGAUAUCUCUACCGGUGCAUUAUUCCAUCCCAGAGUGGAGUAGACAUCCCCAGCAAACGCACCAGUCAUAAUUUCACCUCCCUGCUGUCUGGGACUCCCUACAACAUCUCUGUGUUCACAGUGGGCCCCAUGGGCUUUGAGAGUGACAAGGUUCAGAUCCAUGAGGUCACCACAAGGCCGUUCGCUGUGAUGAAGCUCAGUACUUCAACAGAAGAGAACAGCAUCAUGGUCAUAUGGGAUAAACCUGACCAAUACAAGGACAGCUAUCGCUUCAAUGUGACCUGGCAAAAGUCAGACGUGCACAGUGUUGUAGUUAAGGAAACUCAAUAUAAAAUCCCUGAUCUGGUUCCUGGCAGCUCCUACAACAUAAGAGUCACCACUGAGACCUCCGAUGGAACAGAGGGCGAGCCGACGCUGGUCUCCAGCUGCACAAAUGCAAGUCCAGUGACAAACUUAAGAUGCGAAGCUCCAAACACACGAUUUGCACAAAUCAAACUGUCCUGGAACAAACCCAAGGGAGAAUCCUCUGGCUUCCAGGUCACUGUUGACAACCGGAUCAUCAAUGCGACGAGCAGCUGCUGUGAACAAACUGUGUCCAAUCUCAGUCACUAUACUAAUUACACUCUGACCGUGAAGACUCUGAGCUGUGGGCUGCCGAGCACACCUACAAAAGAGACCUGCAGGACAGGCAUCACAAAUCCACCCAUUCCACCUGGAUCUGACAACCUGGUGGUGGUGAAAGAAAGGCUACACAACAAGUUCACCAUUCAGAUUGAGCCUCAGCUGCUGGCAAACACCAGCGGGCCAAUCACUCAUGUCGGGGUGCUGGUGACAGAAAAAAUCCCCGAUAACACUUCUGAUUUGACGAAGUAUUUGAGUAGUACUUAUGAUCAGUGGAAGAAGGGCAGUACUCCGGUGUACCUGGCAACAGUCCGAAGCAUCCCCCUCACACGCAGCCAGGCGACGCACCUUAGCAUAGAAAUAGGCGAUGAAUCCAAAUACCUGGACUACACUAAUGGUGCUCUGACUGCCAACAGAGAAUACAAAUUUGCUACUGUGUUGUUUACCGACCUGAAGACUGAUAACAGCUUAAUAAUUAUCAGUCGGUCACUGGCGUCAGUAACACCUUUCUUGGGUGUUGUACUCCCAAGCGACCCAGCUGUCACUGCCAUUGCUAUCGGAGCAACACUGGGAAUCUUCUUUGUUCUCUUCAUCAUCCUCAUCGGCUUCAUUAUCUACUGGAGAAGGUUGUCCGACAAGGAAUCAUCAGACAUCCAGAUUCAUGCCAUGAGGGCUAAAGUGAGUGUGGCUGUGAGGGUGGAGGACUACGAGGCUUACUACAGGAAGCAGAAGGCCGAUUCCAACUGUGGCUUUGCUGAGGAGUUUGAGGACCUGAAGCUCGUUGGUACGGGUCAGUCGAAAACAAACGCUCUGACUUUGGAGAACAAGCCCAAGAACCGCUACAACAACGUGCUUCCCUAUGACUCUUCUAGGGUGAAACUCUCUAUUAUCCAUGGGAAUCCCUAUGACGACUACGUCAAUGCUAACUACAUGCCGGGUUACAACUCCAGGAAGGAAUUUAUUGCAGCUCAGGGUCCGCUGCCCACCACAGUCAACGAGUUCUGGAGGAUGAUCUGGGAGAAGAAUGUACAGACUUUGGUCAUGCUGACACGCUGUAACGAGCAGGGACGAGUUAAAUGUGAGCAAUACUGGGAGACUGGCACCAAGAUCUACGAAGACAUAAACGUGACGACGACCUCUGAAAUACCUCUUGAAGACUGGACCAUCAGGGACUUUGAUAUUAAAAACGUGAAAACAGCGGAGACCCGUGCGGUGCGUCACUUCCACUUCACAGCCUGGCCGGAUCACGGAGUACCAGAGACCACCGAGCUCCUCAUCAGCUUCAGGCAUUUGGUCAGAGAACACAUGAACCAGUACUCCAGACACUCUCCUACUGUGGUCCACUGCAGUGCCGGUGUUGGACGUACAGGCACCUUCAUCGCCAUCGACCGUUUGCUCUUCCAGAUCGAGAGGGAAAACAUAGUGGACGUGUACGGCAUCGUCCACGACCUGCGCAUGCACCGGCCCCUCAUGGUGCAGACAGAGGAUCAGUACGUGUUCCUGAACCAGUGCGCCAUGGACAUCAUCAGAUCAAGAACUGGAACCAACGUGGAUCUAAUCUACCAAAACACCGCUGCGCUCUCUAUUUACGAGAAUGUACAACCGAAGAAGGGUUAUGGCAAAAACGGGUUCAACAAAGCAUAACCUGACUCUUCUACGUCACCGUUCGCUCCGAACAUGAAACUGUGCAGACACUCGUAAAGGAAACGCCUUUAUCGGAUAGUGCUGUGUUUAUUUUUUUAUUCCCGUCACACUUUUUCUUAAGAAUCUUGUAGCUUUUCUAGUUUCUGGUAUUUAUUUGUUAAAAAGUGGACGUUUGUUGAAGGAGGAGAGUUUAUAUAACAGGAGACUAGUAAUCACUGACCAAAGAUAUUUGGAUUCUUUCUUAUUAACGCAGAUCUUUUUGUAUUGCUCAGCUGUUUGUUGUCUCUAUAGUUCUAUAGCUUGUUUUUCUACUGUAUGUGACUCACUGAUAAUACGUGUUUUUCUCAGGUAAUAUGUUGAUGAUGCUGUAUAGGUAUUAUUACAGACACAACGAUGAAUCUGUAAUUAAUUGAACCCUUGAAAUUGCUUUGUACAAAACAACAUGCUGGUAUAAAUACUGUGUGCCUUUUUCCACAGCCCAUAUGCUUUAAUACCAAUAGGUGGCACUGCUCACUCCUUACAUUAUCUUGUUAUAGGAGCCUCCAGAUGAAACUUCUCAGUUUGCCAUCUUUUAUCGGCACAUAUUCUGGCCAGUUAUGUAUUUUUUUGCACCUCUUAAGCCCCAUUUGAACUGUGCAAUGUCUUUUAAUGAAGGAUUUUUGUCGUUUGUUGUCGAGAAUUUUAUAUUUGUUUGCACUGUAGUGAAUAUUGCACUGGAUGCAUUUGUCAUUCUACACUGUCCUCUUUUUUUUUUGUGUCAUCGAUUAUAUUUUGGCCAGUGCUUUGUGAAACUGUUGACGAAGACAUUUUUGUUAUUCGACCCACAUUUGAUUGUUUCAGUUUUACUUUGAUUAUUUUCUUACAGUUAAAAAGAUGGGCCAGGUUAAACAAAAGCUCAGGAACUCAGACAAUGAAAAUGAACAUUUUAACAGGCGGUGAGGUGUCAGAAAAUCCCAUAUGGCACCGGUGUGUAGGACACAUCUAUUGUUUUUUUGUUUAUUGUUAAUGUCCUUCUUCUCUACCUUGACAUUCCUCGAAGAAACAAGGAUGUUACGUCCCUUCCUGCUGCACGUACGGACAUUUCCUGUGAUGUUAAAAUCACUUUUAUUUUCAGCUUUUUAAAAGGGCACAGUCUUCCACUAGGGCAGGUACGUUUGUUAAAGACAAUUCAUGUGCAGAGUCGGCUGUAGAUAUUUUUAGGGCUAUGUUUUAUUAUUAUUGUAUCAUAAUGUACUUAAUGAAUGAAAGCACUUGUGUUUUAAUGACGACCAUGACAGCGAAAAGUCACACAGUUUUAGGAAUGUUUUUUGAAAUGCUUUAUGAGAUGCUUGCGGGUACAACGCCAUGAUGCAAAAAGAAGGAAUGAGGAACGUUAAAUAUUUGUGUAUCCUUCGAUCUGUACAACAAAAAUUGGAUUAAAGAUGUUAUGAGAGUUUACCUCA